AUGUUGUGGUCCAGCCUGUACCCUCUCGCUCUCUUCGGUCUGCUGACCUCCUCGGCUAGCACACUUGCUAAGCCGGUGCCUUCCGCACCUGCCCACAUCACCCGCCCGCAAGUCGAUGCUGCGCUCAACUCGCUCUUUUCCUACUACAACGCAACCGAUGGACGUUUCGACACGGUCGCCUCGUGGUGGCUCACGGGCAACGCCAUGACGGCGGUGCUGGAGUACACGCACAAGACCCACGACAUGCGCUACAUGCCCCAGAUCCUCAAGACGAUUGAGGAGCAAAAGAAGCCUCUUCCCUGGUGGCCUUCCGGCGGGGGUAUCUUCCGUGCCGACUCGACCGACGACACGGGCUGGUACGCGCUCGCCAUGCUUCGAAUGUUCGACAUCACCCACGAUGCCAAGUACCUGCAGUACGCAGUGCUCGACGUCGAGUACCUGCAGAGCUUCCAGAGCAGCACCUGCAAUGGUGGUAUCAUCUGGGACAUUCCUUCGCGAACGUACAAGAAUGCCAUUUCCAACGAGCUCUACCUCUCGCUCGCUGCUGGCCUGGCGAACAGGCUGCAGGACAAGAAGCAGGCGCAGAAGUGGCUCGCGGUCGCCAAGAGCCAGUACACGUGGUUCGUCAACAGCGGCAUGAUCAACAGCCAGAACCUGGUCAACGAUGGACUCAACGAUGCUUGCCAGAACAACAACGGCGACGAGUGGUCCUACAACCAGGGUGUCAUCCUUGGCGGUCUUGUGGAGCUCAGCAAGGCUGACCGCAAGCCGGAGUACCUCGCUCUCGCCCAGAAGAUCGCCAACGCGGUGAUCGCCAGCCCGGCUUUCACCAACGCCCAGGGCGUGCUGACGGACAAGUGCGAGCCCACGGCCAACUGCAGCACGGACGAAGACGCCUUCAAGGGCAUCUUCAUGCGCAACCUGGCCAAGCUCAACCACGUUCUGCCUGGCAAGCCGUACGCCAAGUACAUCCAGAAGCAGGCUCUGUCGGCCUAUGCAUUCGGUAGGAACGCAACCGACUUUUACGGUGUUCAGUGGACCGGGCCUGCGGGCCAGGCGAACGUGGGCACGCAGGGAUCGGCGGUCAGCGCGCUCGUUGCUGCUCUCUGA